AUGCCGCUUUAUUCGGGAUCUAGUCGUUCUAAAAAAGCGCGCAAAGAAGGAGCAAACCGGGCAUCCACCACGUCUGUGGUCUCAGCGGUGUCACGCUCCACCUCUAAAGGCUCCAAAGCGUCUAUGGAGAAGCUCAAAAAAGAGAACCCUUCAGCACAGCCCGCAGCGCCCCAGAGCAGUGUGGCGUCGUCGACGUCCGCGCCGGGCACGCAGGAUCCCAGAAGACAGACGACCGAAUCAGACAGAAAGCCGCCCAACGUGUUUGAGUAUCUCGACGAGGGUGAGUCCGAUUCGGAGAAUUCUUCGUCUUCCGAGGAUGGACAUGACUCUCGGAACCCCCCUGCAUCUAGUGUUCCACCGAAAACUGCAUAUUCUGGGUCGGCGGGCCGCCAGACUAACUCUGCAGCCCAAGGAGCAAAUGGCCGCAGUCGAACAUCUUCUAUGAGAUCCAAGGUCUCCAUGGAUUCCCAUCGCUCUGCCGGCCCGUACGAUGUUUCGCCAUCCACGGUACCUCUACAAUUAGCCAGAAACAACCUUACUCAACGGAAGUAUUCCGUGGAUGGGUCUUACGGCCCAGGCCCUUUAGCUGAAGGCCCAAAUUAUCCCGGGAGACGGAAUUUCGAUCUGACCUCAACGCCGGAGGCAUACUACCCCCCACGGGGCUCUUCUUCUUUCCACCGACCUCCUUUUCCUCCCUCACCCCCACAAAGUCCUGAGGAGGACCUCCACCGGGUCAACCGGAGAACGAGGAGAAAUACCAAAACCUCGCACGUCCCAUCUGGCUAUGGACUUCUCUCAGGGCAGCUGAGCUCGCCGACUGACGGCAAGGAACCCUUACUUCCCCCGCUUUACCGCCGAUUCGAAAAUCUGAACCAUCGGGUGCUUCUGCACUUACAAGAUGAGAUCGCACAUAUAGAAGAAGAGUUACACAUGUUGGAUGAGUACGAAGAAAUGCACCGUGUUGCUACCGCUGAACAAGAAGGAACCAAGAUAUUGCCUGCCUCGAGACGCAUGGACGCUCAGGCGCAGGUAUACUCGUCUCUUCACUACCGACGAGAAGAGGUGAUGGGGACACUGAUUCUCAAAACCCAGCAAUAUAACAACGCCCUCAGCGCAUACAGCAAAGUCCUGGAGAUUUUCCCUCGCGCCUCUGAACAAGAUGCCGAAACUUACCGUACAUGGAUGAAAGAGCACACUCCCAUCGCGACGGCUGAGACCCGUUUUCUAGAUCAUACCCAAGACCUAAUUUCCCUGGCGCCACGCGCUGCUCUCCAUUCCUCCAAUUCCCCAGUUUACUCCGCCAUCAUCAUUGCGUCCGCCGCCAUCCUCCUUCCUCUGCUGUCGUUCGCUAUGAUCGCCGAGUUUUCAGGUCGUCUGCUGGUUGUCGCCAUGGUGGGAGGCGCUGCAUCCGUCAUUGCGUCGAACUAUUCCACUGGUGUAGAGCAUCUGGUUGCUUCGCAGGACGGAUGGAGAUGUGCUACGCUAUACUUUGGAUUCAUGACUGUCGCUGCAAUAUUUAUUCCUUAA